AUGUACCUGGAUCCAGACCAAAACAAUUGUGGAAAUCUCUGCAUUGUUUCCUUGGGAAUUAGGUCAGUGCCUGUUCUGGCAGAAGGAGUUGCAGAUGAACAUCCUCACAGCAGGGAUGGUACCAGCACCAACGCACCCCAUCGCAGCCCAGAGGACGCCAACGUCAUGUUAGAGAUGCUCUGGGGAGGGCUGGAUAUUCAGGCCAACAGGACAAUCCGCCUGCGGGAUGAAGAGCUGGCCUCCCUGCGCCCGGCACGGCGGUUCAUGCAGAUUUUAGAGAAUGAAGUUCCCAAAACACCAGCAGAGAUCAAGCAGCAACUGAGAUAUUAUUCACUGACCGAUACCCCUUUGCCCCUAACAGAGUUUGACCGUCUCCUUUUCACCAGUGUUUAUUGUGCCUAUCAGGUUCGCUCCAUGCAGGGUCUGGAUAAAAAUCUCUGGAUUAGUUUUUUCUCUCAGCUGGCUGAUGAAAUGUUUCGUGAUCUGUGCAAGGGGCUCUGCCCUGCAAAUACCACCCUCCUCCUGGCUACCUGGCCCUGGAAGGAGAAGCCUUCACAUUUAGCAUCCCUGAAACAUUUUUAUCAUUCUAACCUGGCCAGGACCAAGAGAGACACUUCAUGA